AUGGUCACAAUCAUGCCUGUCACAGUUUUAGUGAUGAUUCCACUGUUUUCGAAAUUACUUCCAGGGCAAUUCCAUGUGAUAGGACCAAGAGCACCAGUCAUUGCCUUGGUUGGGGAAGAGGCUGUGUUGUCCUGCCAGAUCAGCCCAUCAAUGGAUGCUCAGAACAUGGAAGUGAGAUGGUACCGGAAUGAUCCUCUAGGCCUGGUGUAUCGUUAUGGCACUUCCUGGAAUGAUAUGGAGGAGCUGAGGCCAGAAUAUCAAGGGAGGACAGAGUUCCUGAAGGAGAAUAUUACCAAAGGGCAUGUUGCUCUAAGGAUCCAUCCCAUCCAACCUUCAGAUGGAGGAGAUUAUGCAUGUUUCUUUGAAAGCUCCACAUACUACAAUGAUGCAAAAUUCCAAGUGUUGGUCACAGUCUCAGGUAUGGCUCCUCAUAUUCACAUUGAACCUGGAAAUAGCAAGGACAUUAAAUUGACCUGCACAUCCAUGGGGUGGUAUCCAGAGCCUGAGCUGCAAUGGAGGGACCAUCAAGGACUGCACUCGGCACCAGUCUCUGAGAAAAAGAAAAUAGAAGAAAAUGGACUGUUUCAUGUGGAAUCAUCUCUCACAGUGGACAAAAGUUCAAGAGGAAAAUUGUCCUGUGUUAUAAGGAACCUAAUACUCAAUGUGGAGAAGGAAGUGCAUGUUUCCAUGGCAGUUCUAGAAGCUGGGAAAUCCAAGGUCAAGGCAUUCGCAGAUCUGGUGUCUGAGAGUCCACUUCCUGGAAAGCUUCAUGAAGAACUUGGGUUGGAAUUUGCUCGAAGAUAUGCAGAAAAUGUUACCCUGGAUCCCGAGACAGCUCAUCCAUAUCUUGAAGUUGCCAAAGACAAGAAAAGUGUGAAAUCCAUUGCUCAUCUUCAGGAACUACCCAAAAGUAGUAAUCGGUUUGAUUCCCUAGUCUCUGUAUUAGGUCAGCAAAUUUUUUCCAGCAAUAAACACUACUGGGAAGUGGAUGUGAAAAAUAAAAUGAAAUGGACUGUAGGCAUUUGUAAACAUUCUGUCCGCAGACAAGGAGAAAUCACAGUGUCCCCAGAGACUGGGUUCUGGACACUGUGCUUAAAAAAAUGUAAUGACUACCAAGCUCUUACAAAUCCACGGAUAACACUCCAUCUUGAGGAACCUCCUGAGAUAAUUGGAAUCUUCCUGGACUAUGAGGCUGGGAGGCUCUCAUUUUAUAAUGUGACCAACAUGACUCACAUCUACACCUACAAACAAAAGUUCACGGAGGCCUUACGACCAUACUUUUACCCUGGCCCCCUCUACAAUGGUCAAAAUGAACAACCUCUGACCAUUAUGACAUUAAGGUGUACAAACAAGCCACAGGAAGAUGUUGCAUGUGACUGA